GCUGAGAUAGAUAGACGAAUAGUGUUUUAGUAAAAAAUGUUGUGACGGAAAUGACAAGCCGAACUGUCAAACUUAUUUAUUGACCAGAGGAAAAAAGCCCGCAAAAAUUCGAUCGCGUUGCAGGUGCUUCUCUAGUCAAAAGAUAUGAUUUAAUGUGAGAGUUUAUUGGGGGUUUUAAAUUAUAUUCUCUAACUUCAGUUAAUAAAUGAAUUUUAAGUAGUGGCUACAAUGAGUAAUGGCAUCACAAGAUAGAUCGACAACUACUCCCGGAGAAAUUUUAAUCGCAUGGCAAGAAUACAGAGCAAGCGGUAGCGACGAACUAGACUUAAAAGAGGGCGAUGCGGUCGAGCUUCUGGAUAUUAAUGAUCCAGCUUCAUCCGCAAAGCGGAUGAAGUUGGAUCCUGAAUUAGAUACAGUUUCUGGCGAACUUCUGGAUAGUGCAGCUGCUCGUCACAAGCUUUCUGUGAGACCGCGACGCACUCAUGCCAGCUCAAGACAUUCCCCUACUAGGUUAAAUGUUAAUGCUAGAUGGCUAGUCAGACAAGUAAAAGGUGACAAAAAACAGGGAUGGGUACCAUGUAGAUAUUUACAAACAGCUGAUGACCCAACGUUUGGUACAAAAGGUUUACCUGGAGAUGCAGCUUUCAGAAGACAAGCCGUUGUUAAAGAACUGGUGGAAACCGAACAAGAAUUCGUAAGGGAUUUAGAUUACGUUGUGCAAAACUAUUUAAUCCCGUCGGAGUCUGGCAAGACUCCAAAGAUCAUUAAGGACAACUUCGAUGUUCUUUUUGGUAACUUGAAGGAAAUCGCCGAAUUCCACAGAACAGUACUUAUGGACGGUGUGAAGUACUAUGCCAACGAACCGACCCUUCUAGGAAAAGCUUUUCUUCGAUUGGAACGAGAUUUCGAUUAUCAUGUCAACUACUGCAAAGAUGAGCAUUUGGCCCAAGAAUUCUUGGAUACUUCAGACGAGGCCUAUGAUUAUUUUAUGGAGCUGUCACAACGCCUUGGAGACGACAAAACUAUAUCCGAGCAUUUGAAACUUCCGAUACAACGUAUAAACGACUACCAACUUCUACUUAAGGAGUUGGUAAGGUAUAGCGCGUGUCUUGGCGAGACCAACGACGAUCUACAGAAGGCCCUCGAUUUGAUGCUAAGCGUCCCCCAUCGUGCCCAAGACGAAAAGUUCAUCUCGAGCAUCGAAGGAUACAAGGGCAGCUUCCACAAACUCGGUCGCCUUCUUCUGCACGACCGUUUCACCGUCACCUUUGGCGACGUCACCAAGGAACGUUAUCUCUUUCUCUUCAAGGCGCGCGUGCUUAUUUGCAAAGUCCGACGUAUUUCGGAAGAUAGAUCCAUAUUUCAACUGAAGGAUAUCAUUAGACUUCCUCAAGUUGAAGUUAAGGAUUAUCCCGAAAACGAACACGUUUUUGAGCUAGUUGAUAAAGUAGGUGGUCAAUCUUUAGUUCUUACCGCCCAUAAAGAUCACAUAAAGAAACUUUGGUUACAAGAAAUCAGAGAAUUUGCGAAGGACUACGGUGAAAGUGAGGAAAAUACAAGUGACGAAUUUCAAUUAGCUUCUCCUCCAACCGACACAUCUCAAAAAGAUUCGAAAACUAUAUCUCUUACUAAAGAAGAAUUACCUGAAAUUUCAAAAGAGAAAUUCAAGCCCUCAGCAACACAACAAGCUCAACCAAAACCUGUUGAAGAACUCCAAGCGAAAACUAAACUUGUAGGAGUUCAAAAAACUGCACUUCAAGAUAACUUAGUAUCAGAAUUAAAGUUAGCCCAAAAAAAGAAAGUCGACGUUAGCAAACAAGAAGGUUCUGUAAGUAAAGUUACAACUGAAGACAAGAAAACAGGAAUCACUUUAGGAACAACUACAACUACCACUGAUAUUGUCCAAUCGGAUACACUAAAACAUAUAUUAACCCCAGAGUCCGAAGUUGUCGAACCCAUUGAGUUUGCGUCCAAAAAAUUUGGAACUUCUAUUCAUAGAACAGAUUCGUCAAGUUCAUCAAGUGAUAAAACUCUUGUUCCGGAAGUAAGUGAAAAUACUGAAACCUAUAAAGCCUCAAGCCCUAUCAAAGAACUCGAAGAAGACACUGGUUAUUUAAAGAAGUUAGAAGCGGUUGAGCCUUUGAUACACAUUAACAAUCCAAGAGUUUUAGAAGAGAAAGUCGAGUACCAUAUCAAACCUCCACCAGAGCUAGUGCCGGGAAGUGCGUUAAAGAAACUUUAUAGUAUCGAGUCACCGGGAGUUAGUGACACCGUACUCACCGAUUAUAAUAUCGGAAUUGAAUUUAAUGUGGAAGUUUCAGACGAAAUGAGCCGAAGAUACACUUCUUCUACGAGAGACAGUGGGGGGUACGAAAGCAGAACAGCUCCAUCAUACUCAACAGAUGGAGGUCUCUCCUCUUCUCGCUAUGGUACGGACACUACUUCAAAAUAUGGUCUAGGAUCAGAGGCUUUAGGAGGGUCAAAAUAUGAUUCGCUCACCGGAGGAUCCAAAUAUGACUCUUUAACUGGAGGAUCAAAAUACGAUACCUCAUCUAAAUAUGACACGUCAUCAAAGUAUGACCCCACUUCAAAAUAUGAUACAUCUUCGAAAUAUGAUACUUCAUCUAAAUACGAUCCAUUGUCAUCAAAAUAUGGACGUGAAGAUUCAUCAGCUCUGACCUCGAGUUACGCCAGAAAACCACCGCUGGAUAAGGGUAACGAUACUGAUUACACGAGCAGCUACUCCAGAAGAUCGAUCAGAUCUACUGGUUUGGGAGAUGACGAGGGCGAUACCUACAGUUACUCCAGAAAAAUUAGAAGUGGUGUAGGUGAUGAUGAUGGUGAUUACACCAGUUCGUACUCCAAAAAAUACAGUACUAGUAAAACCAUUACCGAAGGAACACCCGGAGAUAGUAGCUACUACUCCAAAAGAUCCAUUCGUGGCACAUUAGAAGCGGAAGGUGACAACGACAAUUAUACCAUCAAGAAAUCUAUUAGGGGUAGUUUAGAAGGACUGGAACCUUCAGACGAUGCCUUAAGUUACAGUACCAAACGUUCUCUAGGUUUAGGAUCGGAGCUAGGCUCGAAAUAUUCAAGAAGAUCCGUAUCUGCUGAAAGUAGCGAUCUAGGAAGUAAAUAUGGUAUUAGAUCCACUUCUCGAGGAGAAGGUGCCGAAGACACUGAGAAAUUAAUUUCAAAGUAUUCCGGAAAAUAUUCCGAUAAAAAAGGAGCUGAUGAUGAAGAGGAAGAUGUGUAUGCCAAAUUUUCAAAGAAAUACUCUAGAGCUAGUUCGACGGAGAGUAAACCUAGUGCAGACGAAGAGGUUACUCCGAGGUACUCUCGAAGAAUCUCGAGAAAGGAAUCUAUCGAACCUAAAGCUGAUCCGGAAGAUGAUCCGUACGAGCGAUAUGCUCGAAAAUAUUUGCGCAAAGAAGAAUCAUCUGAAUCAAAAUCAUAUUCCUCCAAGAGGGAUUUGGAUGAAGACGCCUACUCCAAAUAUUCCAAAAAAUAUUCUAGAGGAGAAUCAACAGACCGAUCGCCAAGAAUCGAGAUUGAUGAAUCUUCGGUAAAUGUAAGCAAAGAAUCAAGUGCUCUUAACGGUAAAGAAAUCAAAUCAGAACGUUUGGAAUCCAAGCAGUCCAGAGAAGAAUCUCACUCCAGGGAAUAUAAAUCCGAAUCUUACUCGCGUGAAUCUAAAAAGUCCGAAACUUCUGUAGAAUCUGAACACCAGGAGUCUCUUUCGACUAGUAUGAGGACGGCAAGGGAAAAAUCGGCUGAAGAAAAGCUGGAGGAACUGGAUGGAAACAGACCUCAUUUUAUUAAAACAAUUAGAGGAACCAGCAUAGAGCUGACCACCGAAGAAAGAGAGGAAAGAGCUAAGAGCGAUCAUCCUGAAUUCCUUGUAUCUAUGAAAGAUGCGGAAUUACUGGAAAAUACGUAUCUGCGAUUCAUGGUCAAAGUUGUAGGAGAGCCAAACCCAGACAUAAGCUUCUUCAAAGAUGGCAAGAAAAUAUCCGAAAAUCAGGAACGUAUGCAAGUGGUACGUGAACAUUCAGAUAAAGGUUUCUAUGAACUGGUUAUUCCUGAGGUUAAAAAGACAGAUGCAGGAAUAUACAAGUGUGUUGCUACGAACAAGUUUGGAGAAUCUUCAUCUGAGGCAACUGUAACUGUUACAGAUAACAAAGAAAUCUUCGACGAAAUGCCGGAAGGCGAGAUUCUUCCACCCGGAGAAAAACCGGACUUCCACUGGAAAAAAGAUGGCACGAGCUUCGAACCUGACGAACGUUUUAAAGUUCUGAUGGGUGAUGACGAAGACUCCUUAGCACUAGUUUUCCAACAUGUCCGUCCAGACGAUGUGGGCCUCUAUACAUGCGUUGCUCAAACAUCCAGAGGACACAUUAGUUGCAGCGCAGAGUUGACAGUUCACGGGACAGUCAACCAAUUGUUUAGGGAACCGGAAAAGCCUCAACUAAUCAUCGAGAAAAAAGAGCCUAUUGUCACCGCUGGCAAUCAAGCCAUGUUGGAGCUUCAGGUAAAAGGAUAUCCGAAGCCACAAGUCAAGUUUACUCAUGACGGGAAACCGGUUGAAGCAGGAACGAAAUACAAAUUUUUGUAUGAAGAUGAAGAGAGUAUGUCGUUAGUGAUCAAAGAUGUUCAAUCAUCAGACGCUGGAGUUUACAAAAUCACUGCCGAAAAUGAACUGGGAUCGGAUACAGCUGAAAUGAAAUUAACAGUAAAAGCCAAGCGUAUUUUUUAUACAGAAGAAUACUUUGAAAAAGAAACUCGCACUGUAAAAUUAAGGGCUCCACCAAAAAUUAAAUCGAAAAUGGAGGAUGUAUCUAUUCAUGCUGAUUCUCUGCUUAAGAUGACAGUUGAGGUGGAAGGUAUUCCAGAACCCAAAGUUCAGUUUUACAAAGAUGGUAAAGAAAUGAAGGAUAGUCAGAGAGUCAAAAUAGUCAAGGAAGGUGAAAAGCAUAGUAUAGUGAUUGAAAAAUCGGCUCUCUCUGAUUCAGGUUCUUAUUCUGUGGUGGCCACUAACGAAUUGGCACAAGUAUCCCAAUUCUGGAAACUGGAUGUCUACAGCAAACCGAAAAUCGUGCAAAAACUCGAAGCAGAAAAAAUAGUUUCUCAAGGACAAAAUCUCGAAUUGAAAGUCAAAAUUGAAGCUGAACCAAAACCCCAAAUCAAGUGGUACAAAGACGAGGAAGAAGUUCAAGCUAGCGAACAUUACGUCAUCAAAGAAGACGGUGACGUAUACAUGUUGAGAAUUACAGGAGCUGUUACUACCGAUGCUGCAAAAUACAAGUUUAAGGCUCUCAAUAUCCAUGGUACUGGCGAGGCAGAAAGUACAGUCUUCGUUAAGAAACCGCCUAAAAUUAUCAAAGGCCUUCAGGAUAUGACAGUUACAGAGCGCGACAAAAAUGUUACUCUGGAUGUCAAAAUGGAAGCUUUUCCUCCGCCAGCAGUUAAAUGGUAUUUGGAUGAAGUUGAGAUUAAAGAAACAAGAGGCGAAUUCACCAGAAUUGAAUCAGAUGAUGGUGUGAAACUUGUCAUCAAAGAAGUAACUAGUGAACUGUCAGGUCAAUAUACUUGCAAGUUAAGUAACGAAUUGGGUGUUGCAGAAACGAGUGCAAAGUUAACAGUUAAUUGUGCUCCAAGAUUUGUUAAGCAACUUGAGGACACCAUCGUAGAGGAAGGCGCCGAACUCCAUCUUGAAGUUGAAGUAGACGCCUGUCCUCCUCCUACAGUAAAAUGGUUGAGAAAUGGAAGAGAAGUCUCCACUGACGCUCGCAUUAAGAUAACUAGAGAUAAAAAACGAUAUGAAACUUUACAUUUAGCUGUUGACUUAAUCAAAUAUGAAGAACAAGGAGAAUAUGAAGUCAUCGUGACGAACUCUUUGGGAACUGUUAGCAGUAAAAGCUUUGUCACUGUGCACAAGGUAACACAUACUGACGCUGUAGAAGAAUUUGAACCACCACCAAAGGCAGUUAAAAUUGAGGAAAUAAUAGAAGAACCUCAAGUCGCUCAAGAAGCAGAAAAGGAUGAAAUUGAAGAGAAGCGACCUGAAUCGCCGCAGACGCCUAAAGUUGAGGAACCUAAAGAAGCAGCAUCUCCCAAGCAAGGUAAACUAGCCGAGAAAGGAGAAAUUGAGACAAAGCAGGCUAAAAUCCAAAAAAGCCCGGAACCAGUUAUCGAAGAACCAGCUUCGCCGGAGUUACAGAAAAAGAGGGGUACAUUUGCCAUUAUUGAAGAAGCCGAACACUUUGAUGAUGUCGACGAAACGCAUAAACCUAAAACCCCUACAACUGAAGACGUGCCCAAAAGAAAGUCUAGUCGAGCUAGAACUGUAGAAAUCGAAGAAAUUGAAGAAGUCGAACAACCCGAGAGCAAUAUACCAAAAUCUCCUGAAGUGGAGAACGUCCAAGUUCCAUUCAAGAAAGGAAAAUCUGCCAGAAAAGAAAGCAUUGAGGUAAUUGAAGAAAAACCCGAAGCUAAUUUGCCCGAAACUACUGAGACAAAGGCCAGCGUUAAAGUUCCGAAAAAGCCUCUACAACAAACGAAAGAUGAAGCUGACGUUGAAGAAACAAUUACAAAAUACGAGAUUCAAAAUGAUAAUAAAGAGCCUAAGAAAAAUAAAGCCCAAAAAGCGUCUGUAGAAGAAUCUACCAUUAUAGAGCAAGACCAAAACGAAUAUGCUUCCAAAAAACAAAAAACCGACGUACUUGACAGACAGGACAGUCAAAAGGCUAAAAGCAAACCAGAAGCCGAACCCAUAAUCCUGGACACCAAUAUGAAAGACGGUUCAAGGCCAGAAUCUUUGGAUAUCACGUACAUUGUAAGAGGAUUUGCCAACCCUCCACCCACAGCUACGUGGACACUUAACGGAAAAGAGAUCAAACCUGAUGCCCAUCUCAGAAUGACGUCCAGUCAAAACGGCGAAGAAUUCAAGUUAGAAAUAACGAAGCUAGAAUUAAAAGAUGCCGGAGUUUACGAAUGUAUAUUAACCAAUCCUGUGGGCACUGUGAAACAACAAGCGGUGUUAGAAGUUACACCUGAAAGAGAAUUGCGCCGUCCCAAACUGAAGGAAGGUUUAAAAGAUCAAAGAAUAGUAAAAAAGAAUGGGGUUACAUUCAAGGCUGUUAUUAUUGGAGACCCUAUACCUGAAGUUACAUGGUUAAAAGACGGAAAACCUAUAUCCAAUGCUGAUUUUGAAAAGAACAAGAUCAUUUUAGAAAAUGAAGAUCAUGACAUUGAAGACGGGUUAAAAGAAUGUACUUACUCUUUGACUAUACCUAGAUGUGAACGUUCAAACCAAGGAAAAUACACGAUUCAAGCCAAAAAUAAGUGGGGUGAAUUAGAAGACAGCGCUCAGCUAACCAUCGUGCUUAGACCAGAAAUUGAAGGCCCAGAAGACGUUAAAGUGGUUCCAGGAGAAGCUACGGAGUUCACUGUUGUGGUUGAAGCUAAUCCUGAAGCCCAGGUGCUAUGGACAAAAGAUGAUAAAGUUAUCAAAGCUAGCGAUCUAAUUUCUAUUGUCGAGGAUAGAGCCAAAGACACUUAUAAAUUGAUUUUCCACAAUGUGAAACUGGCUGAUGAAGGCUACUAUAAAGUAAUAGCUAAAAACGAAUUGGGAGAGAGCAGCUCAGAGGCUAGAUUAAAAGCCAUAAAAGAAGCUGAACCAACUACCGAAAGACCUAAGUUUAUUACUGGCCUUAAUGACGAUCAAGUGGAAGACCAAGGAGAAAUAUCAGUAAUGGUUCGAGCAGAUGGUCUACCAAAACCAGAAAUAGCUUGGUACUUAAAUGGAAAAGAAAU